ACUCUUCUCCCUCUCUCUCUCUCUAUACAUAAUUAUUAGAGAGAAGAGGCGGCUGGAAAUUAAAUUAGCCAGAGGAGGCUGUGGAGUGUAGUAGGAGUUUGAGGUUUGUGCCACGGGAGACUCGGAGAAGAACAAAAAUAUGGAGAAGAGUUUGUUGUUGCCGCCAUUGAAGAGUUCAACUGCAACAAGUUCUGAUGUGUUCAUUACAGAAGUUAAAACUCUAGGUUAUUUAGCGGCUCCUAUGGUGUCCGUGAUUCUUUCUCAGAACUUGUUGCAGGUUAUUUCUGUCAUGAUGGUCGGUCAUCUCGGUGAACUCGCUCUCUCUAGUACCGCCAUCGCCAUAUCCCUCGCCGGCGUCACCGGGUUCAGUCUUCUUAUGGGAAUGGCGAGUGGACUAGAAACUUUAUGUGGACAAGCAUUUGGGGCAAAGCAUUAUGGAAGAAUUGGAACUCAAACUUACACUGCAAUAUUCUCUUUAUUUUUAGUUUGUCUUCCUCUCUCUUUGCUAUGGAUUUUCAUGGGAAGGCUUCUGGUUUUCAUCGGCCAAGACCCCCGGAUUUCUCAUGAAGCCGGCAAAUUCAUAGUGUGGCUCCUUCCUGCUCUCUUUGCAUAUGCAGCUCUGCAGCCGCUCGUACGAUACUUUCAGACGCAGAGCUUGACAUUUCCGAUGUUCUUGAGCUCUUUGGCCAGUCUUUGUUUCCACAUUCCUCUUUGUUGGGUAUUGGUGUUCAAGUCUGGACUUGGAAACCUUGGGGGAGCAUUGGCCAUCGGUAUUUCGUAUUGGUUGAAUGUGAUUUUCCUGGGAAUUUACAUGAAGUUCUCUUCUGCUUGUGCGAAAACUCGAGCUCCCAUUUCCAUGGAUGUUUUCAGGGGAAUCGGAGAGUUCUUCCGGUUUGCUAUUCCUUCUGCAGUCAUGAUUUGCCUGGAAUGGUGGUCAUUUGAACUCCUUAUUUUGAUGUCAGGACUUUUACCAAAUCCUGAGCUUGAAACUUCUGUCCUAUCUGUAUGUCUCAACACAAUUUCAACACUCUACACGAUUCCCUAUGGACUUAGUGCUGCAGUAAGCACCAGAGUUUCGAAUGAAUUGGGAGCUGGGAACCCACAAAAGGCUCGAGUAGCUGUAUAUGCAGUAGUAUUUUUAGCAGUCACAGAGACGAUUAUAGUGAGUGCAAUUCUCUUUGCAAGUCGCCAUGUUUUCGGAUAUGUUUUCAGCAAUGAGAAAGAAGUUGCGGAUUAUGUCACCACCAUGGCUCCUCUGGUUUGCUUAUCUGUCAUCAUGGACUCCUUACAAGGAGUCCUUUCAGGUGUUGCAAGAGGAUGUGGGUGGCAGCAUAUAGGAGCUUUUGUAAACCUUGGAGCUUUUUAUUUGUGUGGAAUUCCAAUGGCUGCCACAUUGGGUUUCUGGUUGAAAUUCAGAGGAGUGGGACUGUGGAUUGGAGUGCAAGCUGGUGCCUUUACUCAAACAGUUCUGCUUUUUAUCAUAACAAGUUAUACAAAUUGGGAAAAACAGGCAAGUAAAGCCAGGGAAAGAGUGUUUGAGGGAAGAUCUUUGGUAGAUAAUGGGGAUGGAGCAAUCUGAGUAUGCAAAUUAAGAAGAAGAGAAAUAUUGCUUUUAAAUCAUGGCAUUAUUCUACGAAUAUAUCGAAGUGUAAACAAGUAUAUGAUGAUGAUAAUAGACUGGAGAUUGAUUUUUUUUUUUUUUUUCAGUUUCCAAAUUUAAUUUUCUGCUCUUUACAUUGUUUACUUUCUUUUCUUUUUUCGUUCUGAUAAAUGAGUUUGGGUAGAA